AUGGCAAUGCCAAACGGAUGCUUCCAAAUCGGUGCCAAAUUCUGGGAGGUGGUCUCCGACGAACACGGUAUCGCUACUGAUGGGAAAUACAAGGGUACCACCGAUCUCAACUUUGUGUUUGGACAGUCCGGUGCCGGUAACAACUGGGCCAAGGGACAUUACACUCAGGGUGCCAAAUUAGUCGACUCAGUGCUAGACGUCGUCCGCAAGGAAGCCGAGGGAUGCGACUGCCUCCAAGGUUUUCAGAUCACCCACUCCCUUGGUGGUGGAACCGGUGCUGGAAUGGGAACCUUGCUGAUCUCCAAAAUCCGAGAAGAAUUCCCCGACCGUAUGAUGGCCACCUUCUCCGUCGUCCCCUCGCCCAAGGUCUCUGAUACCGUCGUUGAGCCCUACAACGCGACCUUGUCGGUCCACCAACUGGUCGAAAACUCUGACGAGACCUUCUGUAUCAACAACAAGGCCCUCUACGACAUCUGUUUCCGCACCCUGAAGUUGGCCACACCCACCUACGGUGACCUCAACCACUUGGUCUCGAUCGUCAUGAGUGGUAUCACCACCUGUCUCCGAUUCCCCGGUCAGCUGAACUCCGACUUGCGUAAACUGGCCGUCAACAUGGUCCCCUUCCCCCGAUUGCAUUUCUUCAUGGUCGGAUUUGCUCCACUUACCGCCCGUGGGAGCCAGCAGUACCGUGCCUGA